AUGUCGUCUACUCCUCUACCCGCACUGCGAUUCUGUGCUCUUCGCCUGGGCAAAAACCCCGGCGCCGGACUCUUGAGGCCCUCCCGCCACCGCGCACGCUACUAUUCCCGACUUCACCGCACCGAGCCCGCAACGAAGAUCGCCGACUCCCUCAAGCAAGACGGCUUCGUGGUGAUCCAAAGCCUCUUCUCAGCCGACCAGGUCCGCCACCUCAACGCGGACAUGGACUCGGUCCUCUCGCGCAGCACACCGGGCAAGAUCGCCGCCAAGGUCUCCGGCAGCUCCAUUCCGGAAGACGAAGCCGUGCAGCGCGCCAUCUUCGGCGCCAACACCCGGCGCGUCGACAAACUGCUCGCCCACUCCGAGACCUGGCGCACCCUCGUCGACGACGACGCCCUGCACGGUAUCUGCGCGCAGGCACUGGGCGCGACGGGCGACUACUGGCUCAGCACGGCGCAGAUGAUCGAGAUCGGACCGGGGAGCGCCGAGGGCCCCCUGCACCCGGACGCCGGGCUGUGGUGGAUGCUACUGGGGCUGGAUGACGAGGCGGCGCCGGAGCUGGUGCUCAAUUUCCUCGUGGCGACGACGCGGACCACGGUGGCGAAUGGCGCGACGGGCGUCGUCGAGGGGAGCCACAAGUUGCCGAUCUCAAAGGUGCUCGCGGAUAUGGAGGCGGAGAUCUGGAAGACACCCAGUGAGCGGGUGGAGCAGGUGGAGCUGGAGGCGGGGGAUUGUCUUCUUGUUGGCGGCAGGAUCUUUCACAGGGGCGGCGCGAAUACGACGGCGGACGAGUACCGAAGGGUGCUGUCGUGUAUGGUGACUUCGUGUGCGCUGACGCCGGAGGAGGCGCCGCCUUUCUAUGUCGGGGAAGACGUCGCGCGGGGGUUUAGCCGGAGGGCUAGGAAGUUUCUUGGCUAUGAGGAUAUGAGGCCUGCGAUGGGGGCGGGUUUUUGGCGGCGGUAG